AUGAAGGCAACUGAAAUUGAUCAUAUCUAUCAACAGGAACGCCACCGAGCUAUCAGCCUGAAUGCCACCGGGGGUUACUACAACUUCUCUAAUAUUCGAUAUGGUGUUGCACCUGUGGAUGAUCUUCGAUUCCGCGCGCCUGUUGCGCCGACCGACAUCAGCUCUGCUGUUGUUAACAAUGGCUCCGUUGGUCGCGUAUGCCCACAGUCUACCGGCAACUGGUCCCUAAUUGCACAGCAAUUCUACCCAAAGUAUCUGAGCGGCCAAUCAUUCGACUACGAUACAGCUAUGGCGGCUCUGCCAUCAUCUCCCAUGGCUGUUAGUUCAGACCCGCGCACCACCGAGGAUUGCCUGUUUCUCGAUGUCCUUGCUCCUCAAAAGGUGUUCAAGCAGAACAUCACGGGCCUUCCGGUAUUAGUGUAUGGUGGAGGCUAUUCCUCUGGCGAGAAGACGGGCAAUGGAAAAUUCAACCCCGCUGGUCUUCUUCACAUCAGCAACGCUAGCUUUGUCUAUGUGGCAAUGAAUUAUCGGGAUAACAUCCACUUGUUCGGCGGCGACAAGACUCGAGUCACUGUCAUGGGUGGCUCGGCCGGAGCGGGAUCGAUUAUGCAUCACAUAGCCUCAUCUGGCGGUGCAGAUGCAGGACCAUUCUUCAACCAGGCUAUCAUGUUGUCGCCCGCGUUCCUGCCAUCGCCUACCCUCACCACUCCUGAGGCUUCCUUCCGUGGAUUCCUGGACAUGCUGGGUGUUUCGUCUCUCGCGGAAGCCAGGCAACUAGAUAGCGAGGCUCUGAUCGCGGCCAAUGCUAUUUACAUAUACAGCCAAUCGCCGUACGGAAGCAAUCUCUUCGGACCCGCCGUUGACGGAGCCUUGGUCCCUGCCUUGCUCGGUCAGUCCCUCAUGAACGGGUCCUUCCAUCAUAACGUCAGAAUUAUGGUGUCACACAACAUGCUUGAGGGGCUUCUAUUUACCAAUCCCACUAUCUCAACAACGACAGACUAUACCAAUAUGCUAGAAGCUUCCAUGCCUGACAUUCCUCAAGACCAACUAGAGUACAUCAACGGAACUCUCUAUCCUGGAAGAUUUAAUGGCACUUACGGAUACACGAGCGAGUUUCAGAGAGCUUUGGUCACCAUCCAAGACAGCACGAUUGUGUGCAACACAAAUUACCUAGCAAAAGCCUUGAGCGAUCAAGCAUACUCAUUGAACUUCAAGGUCUCGCCAGGAAUUCACGGCCAGGAAACAUCAUAUGUCUUCCAAAACGGGGUAACAUCUGGAGUGAACACGAUGGUAGCAGAUGCUCUGCAGCAAUACAUAGUCAGUUUCGUCAUGGAUUCAAUGCCAACCAGCUUUGAUGGAACGCCUCUUCCUACAUACGGAACGUCUUCUCGGGCGAUGAUGAUGGCUACUACGGGCCUUACUGUGGGAACGGACGAUGCUUCCAAUGCAAGGUGUCAGUGGUGGCAGCAAGGUCUGUAUGCGUAG